CUAACGGCCCAAUAAGAGUCAGUAAAAACCAAAGGAAUAUAACAAAACCCUACUCUGUGUUGCUGUGUGCGUUAUCGGAGAAGAAAGAAUCAGAGUCCACCAUGCCGACCGUCAGCGUAGGACGGGAUCGUCUGUUCGCCGCCCUAGGCAAAAGUUACACUAAGGAAGAGCUGAAGAAGAAGGAAGUGAGUGAGAAAGCUGAGAAAGAGUUUGAAGAUGAGUGCUUCCGUUUCGGAAUUGAGCUAGACGACGUCACAACUGAGAAAGCAAUUAUAAGGAAAGAAAAGCAUCUGGAUGAAGAAGAAGAAGGUGACGAAGAUGAGGAAGUUAUAUACAAAAUCGACAUUCCUGCUAAUAGAUACGAUUUGCUUUGCCUUGAAGGGCUGUCUCAAGCUCUCCGUAUUUUCGAAAAGAAAGAUGAGGUUCCUCAAUAUAAGUUGGCAAAUGUUAGCAAGGAGUCUAUGAUGAAAAUGCACGUGAAACCAGAGACAUCUUUGAUUCGACCUCAUGUCGUUUGUGCUGUGUUAAGAGGGAUGACUUUCACCGAAGCAAGCUAUAACAGCUUUAUUGACCUCCAAGACAAGCUCCAUCAAAAUAUCUGCCGGCGACGAACCCUAGUUGCCAUUGGGACUCAUGACUUGGACACAAUUCAAGCUCCUUUCUCAUAUGAGGCUUUGCCACCCUCAAGCAUAAGUUUUGUGCCACUGAAACAGGUGAAGAACUUCAGAGCUGAUGAACUUAUGGAAUUUUACAAAUCAGAUUUGAAGCUGAAGAAGUUCUUGCAUAUAAUAGAGAACUCCAAGGUUUUUCCAGUUAUAUAUGAUAACAACAGAACUGUUUUGUCGUUACCUCCAAUUAUAAAUGGUGCUCAUUCAGCAAUCACUUUAAAGACGAAGAAUGUUUUCAUAGAAUGUACAGCUACUGAUUUGACAAAGGCCAAGAUUGUUCUGAACACAAUAGUGACAGCAUUUUCAUCAUAUUGUGAAAGAAAGUUUGAGAUUGAACCUGUUGAAGUGUUAUAUCCUGAUGGAAAGUCAUAUGUGUAUCCUGAUUUAUCAAUCUACAACAUGGACGUUUCGCUAUCAUACAUUAAUCGCAAAAUUGGACUAUCUUUGGGGGCUGAUGAGGUCAUUGAUUUAUUGAAUAAGAUGCAAUUGGGGGCUCAGCAGUCUGUAUCAGGCAAUAACCAGGACAAUAUCACUGUACUUAUACCUCCAACAAGAAGUGACAUCCUUCACCCUUGUGAUGUCAUGGAGGAUGUUGCAAUUGCAUAUGGAUACAACAAUAUUCCGCGCACGCAGCCUGCAUCUUUGCCUGGAUCUUUGAAGCCACUUGUCUUGAAUGAGCUUAGCGAUGUCCUCAGAUCUGAGAUUGCAAUGAAUGGGUAUACAGAGGUGUUGAAUUUCAUAUUGUGCUCGUGGCGAGAAAACUUUGACAUGUUACGUCGUAGAGAUGACAAAUCAAAGGCCGUUGUUGUUGGAAAUCCUCGCUCAUCUGAUUUUGAGCUUGUGCGAACCACUCUGAUGCCUGGCAUAUUGAAAUCCGUGGGUCACAACAAAGAUCACCCAAAGCCCAUAAAGGUUUUUGAAGUGGGUGAUGUGACUAUGUUGGAUGCGAAAAAAGAUGUUGGUGCAACGAACCGUCGCCAAUUAGCAGCAUUAUACUGUGGGGCUAGCUCUGGAUUUGAGUUGAUUCAUGGGCUGGUGGAUAGAAUCAUGGAAGUACUUGGGGCUGCUUUUGUUCCUAGUGGUGACAAUGCAGGCUACUAUUUACAACAUGCAGAGGAGCCUGAGUUUCUGCCUGGUGUACAAGCAAGCAUCUAUUAUAAAGGGAAGCAAAUUGGAAAUUUUGGUAUUUUGCACCCUGAGGUCUUAAAGAACUUUGAUAUUCCUGAUCCUUGCUCGUAUGUGGAAAUGAACAUUGAGAGUUUCUUGUAGUUCUAAUGUACACUUCUCAAGGCUGAUUUUAGCAGCCGACUGCUGUAAGAGAUGAAGAAUUAGUGCUAGGCCUACAACUACCAAAAAAGAAAUUGUGGAAACAUAUGUUGCAUUUUAAAGAGGGUGUAAUCAUUUUAUUGUUUUUUUUUUUUCACUGUUUUGGAAUUGCCUUCUCCAAGGAGAAAGUUAUUGGUUUGGUUAAUGAGUAUCUAUGAGAGGGAUGGUAUUACACAAAUAAUGCAAAGAAACAGUAUCAAUCAGGCAUUUUUUUAAUUUGAACAGAAAUACACCAUCACAUUUACGAGUCAA